UUUUGAGUUGUCUCAGUUUGCUGAUAAUCAUCGUCAUCAAGGAGCAAUAAUCCAUCAUCACCAUAGAGCAGACCAGACCAUCGGCAACAACUACACGAAUCAUUCCAGCUUACACACGACGGAGCUAAGCUUCCACAGGAAACAACGAUUCCACCACUCCUUCUAUCAAAGCUUGACCGACUGCGCCGAUACAUGGCCAAUUUGUAUGUGCAAGCGGAGCCGCCGACGGAUCUGAAUAGGAAUACGGAGUGGUUCACGUACCCCGGCGUCUGGACCACCUACAUACUCAUCCUCUUCUUCGCUUGGCUUGUAGUUCUCUCUGUUUUCGGUUGUUCUCCUGGCAUGGCUUGGACCACCGUCAAUCUCUCUCAUGCUCUGUUGACAUACCACUUCUUCCACUGGAAAAAGGGAACACCUUUUGCUGAUGACCAGGGUAUCUACAACAGGUUGACCUGGUGGGAGCAAAUUGAUAGUGGCAAGCAGCUCACUCGCAACAGGAAGUUUAUUACUCUUGUCCCUGUGGUGCUGUAUUUAAUAGCAUCUCACACGACAGACUACCAGAACCCGAUGCUGUUGUUAAACACACUUGCCGUUUUCGUGCUAGUCGUUGCCAAGUUUCCACACAUGCACAAGGUCAGGAUAUUUGGAAUCAAUGCUGAAGAGUGAAGCUAUCUAUACACAUGCAUCUGUAAUUUUAACAUCUUGAAAGGGUGGGAACAGGAUAAAAUGGUAUAUUAAUUUUUUUUUUUCUAUAUUUUUUUUUGUGUCAGAUUCUUACUGGAGUUGGUAAAUCACUGAGGUGACAAGUGUUUUAGAGUUUGUUCCCAUUUCUUAUUUCCAUUUUUUAUGUUUGGAAGGAGAAGUUGAUGGUCACUUUUGGGUGCAAACUUAAACAGCUGUUUGACGAGUA